CAUCACGUUUUAAUCGCUAGUUUAGGUAGACUAGUCAACACCACCAAUUGCGACGUCUCUCUGACCAGACAGAGAACGUCAUUUCUUAUUCAUGUCUUCUUCUUCUUUUUUUGUGUUCUGCUUUCACAAAGAAGAAUUAAUUGAGAAAGAAGCUAACAUUAAACAAUCAUGAAUUGGUGUGAUAAGUCGCUUACACCAUCUCCAUCUCAGCCGGUGUCAUCCGCGGAUCCACCAACCGCUAGUUCUUCUUGUACCAUAAAAGAUUGAACAGGUCCAUGAAAAUCCACUUGACGAGGAUGGUCGAUAACAGUUCAUUGAGUUUUCUUUCCUUGUACUUCUAUUGUUCUGAAGGAUCGAAACAUCCUAUUAAAAGUCAGAAGUUGUUUUGCGUUCCCAACUUUGCAGCAUGUGGCGCCGAUCAAAGGGAAAGAUGGGUGUGUGGUCACAUAAGGCUGCCUGUUGACAUAAUCAAAGUUCAUCCUUGUGGAUCCAAGUUGUGAAUCAAAUUUUUUUUUUUUUUGCAGAAAAAUUAGACAGUGAUGCAAUCAAAUAAUCAUUUUUUGCUUCAAAUGAUUGACUAGGAAAAGGUCAGCUUUCUUGGACCUCAUCGUUCAGCCAAGAGGAAGCUUCAUUUUAGGCUUUGGUGUUUCCAUAACAGAUCAUUUGUCCAAGCUUUUAUCUGAGAGUACCUCUCUGAUAGUGUGCAAAUUGAGAGAUGGGUGUGCUGUUGCGGUAUCGCUUGUUCCAGCUGUUGAUGCUGCCGCUAGUGGGUGCAGCGGCAUCUGCAGCAGGUCCAUUGCCAGGCUGCCGGACGAGAUGCGGCGAGAUUGACGUCCCCUACCCUUUUGGCAUCGGUCCUAACUGUUCGAGGGAAGGCUUCUCACUAGAUUGCAACACAACGGAUGAUGGUCUCGAGAAACUAUUUGUGUUCAACGUCGAGAUCACUGAUAUCUCAUUGCCACUAGGCCAGACACGCAUGCUAAAUGGAAUAUCGUGGCAGUGUUACAACGUUAGCAACAAUUCUACAUACUCAAACACCUGGCAUCUGAAUUUGGUCGGCACACCAUACAGAUUCUCUGACGUCCACAACAAGUUCACUGUAAUCGGCUGUGAGACCCUCGCCUACAUCGGAGAUUUCCAAAGUGCCGACAGCUACCAGAGCGGUUGCGUGUCUGUGUGUCACAACGAGGUGAGCUUGGUCAACAGCUCAUGCUCCGGCAUCGGCUGCUGCCAAACCUCCAUUCCCAAGGACCUCACAUACUAUGAGGUCUGGUUUGAUUCCAAUUUCAACAGCUCGAGCAUCUGGAACUUCAGUGACUGCAGCUAUGCUGUAUUGUUGGAGGCGAAUCAGUUCGAGUUCCUAACAUCUUACAUCACAACGUACCAAUUCUGGAACAACAACAACGGCAAGGCGCCUUUGGUGGUGGAUUGGGCGAUCGGUAACGAGACAUGCGAGGUAGCACAGCGCAGCACAACCUCCUACGCUUGCAUCAGCGAGCACAGCAAGUGUUUGAACUCUUCCAAUGGUCCUGGGUAUCUUUGUAACUGUUCGAGUGGCUACCGUGGCAAUCCUUAUGUCGCUCAUGGCUGCCAAGACAUCGACGAAUGCUCUGAUAAAGAUCAAAAUCCUUGCCAUGGCAUCUGUCAGAACCUGCCUGGUAGCUACAAUUGUUUCUGCCCGCGAGGUACAUAUGGUGAUGCCUUCAAUGGAACAUGCACCCAACACCAGAAACUUACAUCAUCAGCGAAGGUGGCUAUAGGUAUUGGCAGUGGCUUGAUCUUUCUACUAAUAUCCGGCAUGUGUAUCUAUGUGAUUUUUCAAAGAAGAAAAUUCAUCAAGAUUAAGGAAAGAUAUUUUAGAGAACAUGGAGGUUGGAUAUUAUUGGAAGAGAUCAAGGCUAAAGAAAGAUACUUUAGAGAACAAGGCCUUGCAUUUAAGAUAUUUGCCAAAGAAGAAUUAGAAAAAGCUACAGAGAAGUAUGAUCAGAACCGAGUCCUUGGCAGACGAGGACAUGGUACCGUUUACAAAGGAGUAUUUGAGGACAGUCGUGUCGUUGCCAUCAAGAAACCCAAGAUCAUUGAUGAGAGCCAAAAGAAUGAAUUUGGAAAAGAGCUGCUUAUUCUGUCGCAGAUCAACCACAAGAACAUAGUUAAGCUCUUGGGUUGUUGCUUGGAAGUGGAGGUUCCGAUGCUGGUUUAUGAGUUUGUCUCGAACGGGACCUUGUUCCAGCUGAUUCACGACAACAACAGUGCAUCUCCCUUUUCCUUGGCCACUCGCUUGAGGAUCGCUCAUGAGUCUGCCGAAGCUCUGGCCUACUUGCAUUCAUCAGCUUCGCCUCCCAUCAUUCAUGGUGACGUGAAGUCUUCCAACAUCCUUUUAGAUGAAAACUAUACAGCAAAAGUUUCUGACUUUGGAGCUUCGAAGCUGGUUCCAAAAGAUGAGGAUCAGUUUGCUACCUUGGUGCAAGGGACUUGUGGUUACUUGGACCCAGAGUACCUACAAACCUGCCAGUUGACAGACAAAAGUGAUGUCUAUAGCUUUGGCGUAGUGCUUCUGGAGCUGAUGACCUGCAAGAAGCCAAUUUAUUUUGAAGCAUCUAAAGAAGAGAGGAGCCUCGUAUCAAGUUUUAUUCUGGCCAUGAAGGAAAACCAAUAUCUGGAGAUCUUGGAUGAUCAGGUGAGAAAUGAAGGGGAUACGGAACUGAUUCAAGAAAUGUGCGAGCUCGCAAAGCAAUGCUUGAACUUUAGGGGAGAAGAAAGGCCUACGAUGAAGCAAGUGGCAGAAGAGCUUGAUAGGUUGAGAAAAUUCAAGCAGCACCCGUGGGUACCGCAGAAUACUGAGGAGAUUGAGAGCUUGCUCUGUCAACCAUCGGUUGACCAUGAGACAUAUUAUCAUGGAAUUGAAACCACUACUAGCUAUAAUCCAGAGAAAAGAUUGACAUUGGACAUCGAAUAUGGAAGAUGAUGAUCUGGUACAUGCCCAAACCUCUGGUUCUCGAGGCUUCUUGAUGCAAUAUUGAACCAUGUAUCCUUGUGAUCGUGUGUGUUUGUGCCUGUGUAAUGACAAAGAAUAUUUAUUAAUAACUUCAAGCAAUCUCUGCCCAUUCUUUGUUGGAUUAUGUUGUAUGUAAAGAAUAAGGUUAUCUAUAUAAAUUUGA